AUGAGAAUUAAAAUGCCAGCUGUACGCAUCGCGCAAGCGGAUGCGGACAGCGCGGCUGAGGGUGGCGGGUCACCCACUCCGGGUGUCCCCGCGGAUACCCUCACUUGCGGGGCUUGCCGCCGAGCCUUCGCCCUCGCCGACAUAGUGCGCUUCAUCCAGCACAAGGUCUCUUCUUGUGAUAAGGAUUUAACUUCAUACCACUGCUAUAGUGCAGGACCCAACUCUGACCAAGAAGAUGGUUCAAGAUCGGGACAAGUAGCGACUGGAAAUACUAGCGGACGUAGACCCUCUUUGCUAACUGCCAGAAGACCACCAAAUAGCAGAGUGCACACACCACCACUCGCUAGUCCAUCAAUAGCGCCCCCCGAUCUCCUCGAGGAUGGAGGGGCAUCAAGCACGCCCAAACGACUGUUAGAUGAAGCUGACGCGGAAGCUUCAACACCUAAAAGGAGAGCUUCCACAUCACCUAUGCCAUCAAGUUCUCCAGAUGAAGACAUCAAACCUAAGAUCAAACAAGAGCACAUGGACACCUCAGGAUCACCUGAAGACCAAAAGAAAUCAAGGACUGAAGUAGCUGAUGCGGAAUCGAAUACAAUGCACAGUGAACCGAGUAACUACGUCUGCUCUACGUGUAAAGCGCGUGUGCACUCAGCUUGGAGAUUACUUCAACACGUCCAACAUGUUCAUGGCGUUAAAAUCUAUGUGGAGAGUAUGCCUCAACCGCAGAACAAGCAGAAUCACUCAUCUUCGAGUACCUCAUCGUCGAGCUCGGGUUGUUCGUCCACUGGCGCACCACUACCGCCGCCUUCUUUACGCCAUCAUCCUUUACUGCCGCCUCCAGAUAUACAUUCGCCUUUUGGAGUUGGAGGGCUCCUCAGAAUGCCAUUACCUGGCAGCUUACCACCGCUAGCUCACCCGUCAGUUCCUCCUGCGCCACUUUUUGCGCGGCCGAAUCACCAUGACCACCGUUUUCGGAUGGAACAACUGGUUUCAGAGCAAUUUCGACAUCACGGUCUUAAUCUGGCAGCUGCUGCAGCAGCUGUAGCUGCAAACUCACUACCCCCCCAUCAACCUUUCCCAUCACCUGCUGAUCGCUCUUCAGCUAUACCAACAACCCUAACAGCUCGGGAAAGACCACCACCAGUAUCUCAACCUCUCUCACUUGAACCCCAGCUGGAUUUUUACUCGCAGCGCUUGCGGCAACUGGCCGGUACGACCAGUCCAGGGGCGGCCACAGGCAAUUCGAGCUCUCCUAGCCCCAGGAAGCAUUCGCCGCCGUUCGCUUCCCCGUCGCCCUCCCGAGUCGGUCAGACUCCUCCGGCGGGCGCCGGACCCGGAACGGUGGACGUCCCACGAGAAGCCACGAGGCCACGUAGUUCAAUUUCACCGGAGAAAGGAACUGAGCCACAGGCAGCCGAUGCUCCGCCCACCGAACGCACAACAUCUACUCCACCAGUUAAACGCAAUAAUGAUGAAUCAGUGCAUUGUUGUGAAUUUUGUGGCAAAAAGUUCCGAUUUGAAAAUAGCUUAGCUGUCCAUCGUCGAUCACAUACAGGCGAGAAACCAUUUAAAUGCACUAAAUGUGAUGAAGCAUUCGAGAAGGCUUCGAAAUUAAAACGUCACAUGAAAGUCCAUCGUGUGCCUGACGCAAAUGCAGAAGAUGGUGAGUCUGGUGGUGAUACUGGAGAUGAUGAUACCGAAGAUGAUUUGGAAGACGAAGAGAUCGAAGGCGAAGAAGAGGAAGAUAAUGAGGAUGGAGAAGAUGUUGAGGAAGCAGAGGACUUGACAGUUUCAAAUAGCAGCGCACCUUCUGCACCUCCUCGGAAACAAACACCAGCAACACCUUCCCAUCCACCAUCAGCAUCAGUUGUUGGUGAACUGAUGGACAAAUUUGGUCUAUCAAAUAUUGCGCAAUACAGUGAGGCAUUCAAACAGGCGCUACAAGAAUCUGGGAACUCCCUCAAAUGGCAACUUGCAAAGGAUCGAGAUAACAACAAUGGACCUCCUCCUGACAAGCCCAAUGGAAUGCCGCCUACAGCCGCAUUGCGCUUAAAAGAAGAGUUCGCAAAAAUGCCACCUCAACCCCAUCCAUUGUUCAACCCUUUUGAGAACCCGUUCGAAGCGUCUAAGCGCAUGAAGUUGGAUAUGGAAAGGGGAGAAGGGUGGUGGUUGCCAACAUUGCAUGCACAGCGUCCACCUGAUAAUAUAUUUGAUGGACUCAAAAACAGUGGCAACGGAUUACUGCAAAACUCUUUACUAAAAUCAAAGGAAGGAAGACGAAAUGACACAUGCGAGUUUUGUGGGAAGGUUUUUAAAAACUGUUCAAAUUUGACAGUACACAGACGAUCGCAUACAGGCGAAAAGCCAUACAAGUGUGAGCUAUGUUCGUACGCGUGUGCGCAAAGCUCAAAGUUAACGCGGCAUAUGAAAACUCAUGGGAGACUUGGGAAGGAUGUUUACCGAUGUAGGUUUUGCGAGAUGCCAUUCUCAGUUCCAUCAACCCUAGAGAAGCAUAUGCGUAAAUGUGUUGUGAAUCAAAGUAAUGGUGCGGCCCUAGCUUUGUCCGACGACUCAAACGCGUGCCGUGACGAAGCCUCGUGA